GAAAUGCACACAUUAUAAAUCACUACACCCAAAUUUCCAAUAAUGGCAACGACUGGUAAUUUGUUGAGUGUUUUGGGGGUAAUACUGUCCUUGUCGCUCGCCGGUGACGUCGCCGGUGUCCGACAAAAGUCGGCUCUGUUUCCGUUCGGAGACUCAUACUACGAUGUCGGGAACAAGAAGUACGUGUCCACUCAGUUUGUUCCAAGCACUACUUGGCCGUACGGCAAAUCCACGGACCGUCCCAACGGUCGUUACUCCGAUGGCCAUAUCGUCCCUGAUUUCCUAGCAACAUUUCUCAACCACCCAAUCCCCAUUCCCCCGGCGCUUCAACCCGACGCCGACGUCUCCAGCGGCGCUGGCUUCGCCGUCGGUGACGCCACGGUUCUUGGAACCCCACCCGAGACCUUGACGUUGUCUCAACAAGUGGAGCUGUUCGAAAAGCAAAGAUCGAAAUGGACAAAGGAUUUUAUCGAGGAAGCCAUUUUCUUUUUCCAGAUCGGCACAAACGAUUACAUGAACUUCAGCAAGAACAAUCCCAACCCAAACGCCUCCGCGCAGCAAGGCUUUGUCACCUUGGUCGCUAACACUAUCAAGACCCAACUCAUUAGGUUGUACACGUUAGGAGCGAGGAAAUUCGCGUACCAGACGUUGGGCCCUCUCGGUUGCUUCCCGAUCGUGAAACAAGAACGCCAAUUGCAGGGAGACGAUUGCUAUGAACCGCUGAACGAAAUAGCGAAACAGCACAACGAGAAGAUCAGGCCGAUGUUGAAGGCUUUAGCGCUUAAUUACACCGGCUUUCAAUACACCGUUUUCGAUUUCUACGGUGCAAUCUCCCGCCGGCUCGUUCACGGACCCACGCAAAUGUUCAAUAGCUAUAGGUUUUCAAACACGAUAAGAUCAUGCUGUGGAAUCGGAUCGAACAACGCUUUCGGGUGCGGAUACAUCAACGUUCACUCGAACUUGUGCGGGUACCCGAGAGAAUACCUCUUCUUCGACGGCCAACACAACACUCAGAAGGCUAACGAAGAGAUCGCCCACCUCUUCAACAGCGGCAACAAAGACAUCGUCGGUCCCAUGACCGUACGUGAACUCAGUGUCUACCCUAAAGGCAUGAACAUGCUCGAGUUCUAACUCAUGCAUGCAUCCGACGUUGUCUUUUUUAAGAAAUGUCAGUUAGGGUUUCUAAUUGAUCUUCUGCGCUUUGUCGUGAAGAGGGAAUAACUCGAUCGAGUCGAGCUAGUACGUGUUGUAAUCUUUUCCAUGCAAUGAAGAAAAAUAAAAUAAUAAUGAUGUAUCUGCUCCG